GCCAUCUUUGAAGGAGUUUCUGGUGGGUUAGCGUUUGCUUUAUCUAGCUACUAGCUAGUUUGCGAAUAAGCGUGGUUUUAGUUUGGUUGCAGCAUUCACAUGUGUUGUCAAAGGGAAUCGGUUGAUAAACAUCAGAUUUUGCAUGAUACACAAACAACUACUUUCGAGUUCCACUCGGGUUUCAGACUUCAGUGAGUAGGUUAGCGAACAGGCUAGCUAAAAAUAUAGGCUACCUAGCUUGGCUUGGUAGGGUACUUGUGGCUUGCAAGCUUUCUAGCAAAUUCUGUGUAAACAAACGCUACGUGCGUGGAGGAGGUUUUCGAACUAUUAGUUAGAGGCUGCAUAUUUCAUUAAUAGCUUUAAUCUUCAGAAAGUUGGAAUAAACAAGACAAAAAAAGGUUGGUCCAUGCAGCAUGGCAAAUCAGUCAGCUAGGUUAGCUAACUAAGAGAGACAGAAAGUCUUGUUUUUGAUGACAUUACUUAUUUCGUGGCUGUGUUGUCACGGUAUCUUGGUAGUGGCUGUAGGGUGACGAGGUCAGGAACACCAUGUCGUCUUUUUCUGAGUCUGCUCUGGAGAAGAAGCUCUCUGAGCUCAGCAACUCCCAGCAGAGCGUGCAGACGCUGUCGCUGUGGAUUAUCCAUCAUCGCAAACACUCGUCCCUCAUCGUGCGAGUAUGGCACAGAGAACUAAAGAAAGCUAAAAGCAGCAGAAAGCUGACCUUUCUGUACCUGGCUAAUGAUGUGAUUCAGAACAGCAAGAAGAAAGGUCCAGAGUUCACCAAAGACUUUGAAACUGUUCUGGUGGACGCCUGCUCUCAUGUCGCCAGGGAAGCAGAUGAUGGCUGUAAGAGGCCUAUGGAGCGCCUCCUCAACAUCUGGCAGGAGAGGGCCCUCUACAGGGCCGACUUCAUCCAGCAGCUGAAGCUGGCCAUCGAGGACUCCAACAGCCCCAAGCCUGCAGAGGAGAAGAAGCCUGUGAAACGGACCUACCAGAAGGUUCAGGAGGAGGAAGAGGAGGAGGACGAUGACUACAGAUGCCACGGCUCUCCCCACGUGAUCGACGCCUCGGGGCCUCAGCUGACGGAAGAGCUGGUCAAGGCCCUGCAAGACCUGGAGAACGCAGCUUCGGGGGAUGCUGCUGUGCGUCAGAAAAUUGCCUCGCUUCCCCAGGAGGUCCAGGACGUGUCUCUGCUGGAGAAGAUCACCGACAAGGAGGCGGCAGACAAGCUGUCCAAGAUCGUGGACGAGGCGUGCCUGCUGCUUGCCGAGUACAACGGGCGCCUGGCGGCCGAGCUGGAGGACCGCAGGCAGCUGGCGCGCAUGCUCACAGACUACAUCAGCUGUCAGAAGGAGGCCCUGACCGAGAGGGAAAAGAAGCUGGAGGAGUACAAGCAGAAGCUGGCGCGGGUGACGCAGGUGAGGAAGGAGCUCAAGUCCCACAUCCAGAGUUUGCCGGACCUGUCCCUCCUCCCCAACGUGACGGGAGGCCUGGCCCCCCUGCCCUCCGCCGGUGACCUCUUCUCCACCGACUGAGCCCAGAGGCUCCUCCUCUCUCACUCCGCCCCACCCUCCAGCCCUGCCCAGCCUGACCCUGCUCCAACUCCAACUCCACCCCCAUCCCCUCCCCUCCACCAGGAGGCUGGUGCGUCCUACCAGUUUCCAUCUCCUCUCCCCUCCAGACCCCCCCCCCAUCAUGGCCAGGCCCAC